CGGAGAAUCGAUUCGCCCAUGCUUGUUUGCCUCCAGUUUGCAAGGCAGGACAAUUUCAGGAACUUCUAAUUGGCUGUGUCAUGAUGGCUGCAUCUAUGCCAGAUCCUGUCUAUGUUUUACGAGGAGCAAACAGUGGCAUUAAUACACUGUGUUUUCAGUGUUCGAACCCAGAUCCAGAUUUUCCCAUCCUUUACUCAGGAUCUUCUAACGGGCUGAUCCAUAUCUGGAAUCUGAAGACGCGGCGAGUCUGUGGUAGCCUGAAUGGCCAUGGUGGAAAUUCAGUGUACUGUGUGAAAACAAUAUCCAAUAGAAAAAAUGGACUCCUUAGUCAGGGCCGUGACCAGAACAUCCACCUGUGGGACUUAUCCGAAGGAAGGAACGUCAUCACAGAAAGCCUUUCCACGGAGAACGUCGGGUUCUGCAAAUGUUCCCUCUCUGAGGUGACGGAGAAACGGUCCCUCCUAGCCACCCCGUGGAAAGGGUUGGAAGAGGUUCAUGUUCUCGAGAUGCCAUCCAAGACAUCAAUCUGUACCUUGAAGCCGGAGACGGAUGCUAAACUGGGGAUGCCCAUGUCUCUGAGGAUGUGGCAGCCCAACACUGGCUCGCAUCCUCUCCUUUUGGCCGGCUAUGAGGACGGAUCAGUGGUUCUAUGGAAUCUGUCCCUGAGACAAAUGCUGAGUCGGCUCACCUGUCAUCAGGAGCCGGUCAUGAGCCUUGACUUCGACGCGGAGAAGGCCAAGGGAGCGUCCGGUUCCUCGGAGAAGCAGCUUUGCGUCUGGAGCCACAAGGGGCAGGAGAAACUGGAGCUUCAACAAACGUACCAGCUCACCAAUCCUGGGAUCUCCGAGGUGAGUCUACGUCAAGACAAGAAGAUCUUGGCAACAGCCGGUUGGGAUCACCGCAUCCGCCUCUUCGGCUGGAAGAAGCUUAAGCCGUUAGCUGUCUUGGACUACCACACGUCAACCGUCUACUGCGUAGCCUUCUCAGAUCACAAGAAGCCCAGUGAGAGACUAAUGGCAGCUGGCUCCAAGGAUCACCGCAUCAGUGUCUGGUCAGUAUAUAAUCAGACAUGAAAGGAGGACUGGAGAAGACCCACAUUUGCGGAGCUCAAAGAUGAGAGGGGACCAAUGAC